CCACAACAUUCCCUUUCCGUUAUCUUUCACACUUCUUCCCUGCAUGAAAAACUAAAACAAGGCAGUGUGAGGAAAUGGAGGAAACUGAGUCAACAACUAUAGAGAGAACAACAGAACAGGAUGGACAUCAAGCGGCAGACCACAUGCUAUCGAUGUCCAGCAAACCGCUGCAUCGCUUUGUUCAAAAAGGGCCCAGAUUUCUCGGGAUUGUCAUUCUCAUCUUUGGCAGUGCAGAGGUACUGAUGGGAUUUGUGCUGACACGAGAAAGUGAUCCCAAUUCUCAUACAUUCUACAUCCCCUUCUGGCAGGGAGCUCUGUUUCUUGUCUGUGGAAACCUGUCCAUCUACGCGGAGCUACAUCCAUCCAAGAAGAUGGUGACUGUCUGUCUGGCUAUGUAUGUGGUUUCACUUUUGGGAAUCGUGGUCUCUAGUUUCUUCCGGAUCUACUUCUUCAUUUAUUUUUCCCACAAGAGGUUCGAACACUUUUUUGACAAAUGGGGCGUUUCCAAAGUGGACCAGCUUCUUGGUAUUGAAGGCAUAUUGUUCACUUCCUCUCUGUGUGUGUCCGGGCUUCUCAUCUUCUUGUGUACUGUUGCACGGUUAGCUUUGAAAUCCACACACACCCAGGUUAUGGUCCUGCACACCCCAGCUCCACGGAGCAACACAACAUCAAACUAAUCUACCUGUUGAGGUAUUCUUUUCUAGCUAACACUGGUUCACCUUGUCAGCAUGUCAUCAUUCUGUACCGUAUACCCCCUAGUGGCCUAAACAGCUCAGCCACGUCUUGUUUUAGUUUACUUACUGUCUGGGUCCUAUAGUAGUAAACACGGCUAUGGCGCAUGGUGAAUUUAAGCAUCAAGCCGAACAGGUUACUGAUAUCUAUCAAUUAGGUCAACUGCAUUCUCUCAUGAUAAUAUUGUGUCACCUUAAUGUGUACUGCAUGUGACAGUAUAUACUUUGUCAGGGAAGCUGCAGUAUGUACUAAAAGUCAAAGUGAAAAGUAUGCUAUUUGUAACACAGUGUUUGUCCUUAGCCACCAAUUACUCACAAAUGCCCGAUCGGUACUGCGAAUGUGCAACUCUCAACAAAGAGGACAAAGAGGCUCGUAGCUCGCUCAUAGCUACUUCCAUCACCUGCUCCGGUCACAACAACACGUCUAAUUCUCUUUUUACCACCUGCCUGAUUGGGCAGUUGAGUUGUUAGAUUUACUAGCCUGAAAGAGCAUUUUAUUUGCUCUGCUGGUAAGUCAUAUUUACAUUAAUAAUAAAUCCAUGAAUCCAAAUGUAAAAAAUAAAUUAACAUAUACCUGUGUGUGUAUGAGUCAAUAUAUAUUUCAUAUUGCGGACACUUACUGUUGGCCUUUAACUUUUAUGUCAUCAAUAUGUGUAAUCAGUCAAUGUUACCUGCAUUAUUACAGUUUGUGUAGUAUAUGGUUAUUGAAGCUUUUGAUAAUCAAUGUGAACCUCUAUAUACACAUAGCUGCAUAUAUUUUACAGUGUUUUGGUUGCAGGCAUUUGCAAUUUAAGAUGUACAGUAUAUUUACAUACAUUUGGCUUGUAAUAUCCUCAGAUAUCCAUCCAGCAUGUUUUUCAAAGCGCAUGACUUAAUGUAUAUGUUCAUCUACAGGACUGAUAUGAAGAGCCUGCAUCAAAACCUGUUGCCAUCUUUUGCCUGUGAAUGUGUGCAAACCACAGAUUUAGCUUUAGGUUAUCAGGCGCAAUACAUGUAAAUAUAUAUCAUCUUUGUUAAAUAAACAAUAAAGUGAUUCUCAGAUUGA